GGAAAGCGGCGACCGAUUCGGUAACACCACAUAUGGAAAGCUUAAAUUUAGGAUGACAAAUAGGCUGCAAUUGUUUAUCUUCCUUCUCUCUCUUUUGCUCAGGAUGGCGAUUCGUUCCAAGUUUCCGGAUGUUCAGAUCCCUGAUACUGGCCUUAUAGAAUUUCUCUUCGCUCAGAAUCAGACAUCGUCUUCACAGCCUAUUUUAAUCGAUGCCACCACGAACAAAACUAUCACCUAUGGUCAGUUAAAAGAUUCGGUCCUAAGAUUUGCUGCAGGCUUGCAAGAUAAAUGUGAUUUCCGAAAGGGCGACAUCCUGCUCUUAUAUUCACCAAAUCAGAUUGAUUAUUCUAUCCCACUCAUGGGUACAAUCGCAGCAGGUGGUAUCACUUCGCCCGCCAAUCCUGCUUACAACGUUGAUGAACUAGUCCAUCAACUCGAAGAUACGAAAUCAAAAGUGCUUAUCGCACACCCCAGCAAUCUCGAUCGCGCUUUGGCUGCAGCACAGCGUGUGGGAUUGCCCAAGGAUCGCGUAUACGUCUUUGGCGAUGUCCCGGUCGAGGGGGUCCUCCCUUAUGCUUCGGAACUCUUAGGACAUCGACUUGUCGAUAUUGAGCACAUGUCUCUACAAGAAGCUCGAGAGACAGUUGCUUACCUGGCCUAUUCUUCAGGCACCACAGGCAAAAGCAAAGGUGUAAUGACUACCCACGGAAAUAUUAUCGCAAACGUGCUUCAAUAUGAUGCGAUAGAACGUCCUUUUAUCAAUUUCGCUACGGAACGUAUUCUCGGCGUACUUCCGUUCUUUCACAUGUUUGGUCUCACCGUAAUUCUGCACCAAUCCGUGUACUGGGGUAUCCCCGUCUAUGUGAUGCCAUCUUUCGAUCUUCAAGCAUUCUGUGAAACGGUUCAGCAACACAAAAUUACCAAAGCUUGUUUAGUUCCGCCAAUUAUUCUGCUGUUGGCGAAACAUCCACUUGUCCUUCAGUAUGAUUUGUCGAGCCUGCGUCUUAUUAUCAGCGGCGCUGCUCCGCUCAGCGGAGAUCUCAUCCAGGAGGCGAAAAAACGAUUAACUACAACUGUCAUCAAGCAGGGCUAUGGAUUGACUGAGACUUCGCCCGUGGCUGUGAUAGAAUUGACGGAUCGAGCUAUGAGUGGAACUAUCGGCCAUCUGGUGCCAAAUAUGACCGCUAGAAUCGUAGAUGAGGAUGGAAAAGAUGUUGGCAUUAAUGAACGUGGCGAAUUGUGGCUAAAGGGCCCCAACAUAAUGAAGGCUUACUUUAACAAUACAAAAGCUACGGCCGAAAGCAUUGAUGCGGAAGGGUACUUCCACACGGGUGAUAUUGCCGUUCUGGAUGAGCGCGGUGUAUUCGCCAUUGUAGACAGGAAAAAAGAACUGAUUAAAUAUAAAGGUUUUCAGGUGCCGCCGGCAGAACUUGAGGCGAUUUUGUUAACAUCCCCCAUCGUUGCGGACUGUGCGGUGAUUGGUAUUUAUGACGAGGAGAAGGUGACAGAGAUCCCUAGGGCUUACGUGGUACUGAAGCCCGACGUACCUGCUACCGAAGCGACUCGCAAGGAACUUGAGAAGUUUGUAGCCGAUCAAGUAGUCCACUAUAAGCGAAUCCGAAGCGUCGUGUUUAUUGACGCUAUUCCAAAGAGUGCGGCUGGUAAAAUCCUUCGACGUGUGCUCCGUGACAGUGCUCUAUCGGAACAAAAAUCUAAAUCAAAGUUAUAAGAACCAUCCAUUGAAUAAAAAACGGACUUUAGAGCGCUUGGUUUUCUCAAUUCCAGUCAAUUUGCUGCACUGUGAGCUUAACGGUUAUAUUUUUCAAUCCCC